AUGUCGGAAAAUCUAGCUUUCCAGCAAACUCCAGGAAAGGGGCAAUCGCGCAGGGUACAAUCAAGACCAUCUAGCCCAUCUCGUAUCGAUGAUACAAGCUCAGCAGACGGUCCUACGCGCAGACGAUUGCAAAAACACGCCUCAACCCCGUUCCUGUCAGAUACUUCCUCUCAUUCCCCUAAAACCGCUGCUGGGACCCGAACUGGCGUGAUGAGCAAGAGGAGACUCUCAAUUCGAGACCAGAAAGUGCCACAGGGCCCGCGACCGCAGGAUCCCUCACGAACAAGCAACAUGUCUGGUUCCUUCUUCCAUUCCGGUCACUCUUCGAUUGAUUCCACAAACGAUUCGACGCAGAGCAACAACUCCCGCAUCAGCCUCCGAUCUACCAGCAUAAGUAACUUCUCAAAAAUCGAAUACAAUAAACAAACCCCUCCUGAUAGCACCGAAUUCCUCGCCCCCGUCAAUUUCGAUGAUCUCCAGAACAGCAUAACAGAGCCUAACCUCAGUCACUUUCCCACUCCUGGACAGGCGGGAGCUGGGUAUGAAACAAGGCUUCCGAACAACAGUAACGAUAAUGGCACGACCACUAGGUCAAGAAGCAAUUCCGUUCGGCGGAAGAGCCUGGUCAACGGUUCUAUCGACCCAGGAUCGGCUCGGGCUCCAGCUUCAGCCACGGCUGCCCGAAGCCGUCGCCAGAGCCUAGCUCAGCCUACAGCCUCGACCACAACUACUUCGCGCGCUCCUCGGAAGUCCAUCGGCCCUGGCUCUCUCGCGGCAACUGGGACCGGCAGACGGCAAAGCCUGUCAGCACGAAAAGCUAGUGCAGACACAACACGGAUGGAACAAGGCAACCUUCUGCGUCCGAGAACACAGCAUUUCGAACCGGCCCGACAACAGGAUGGCACGAAACUCUCUGGCAAUUCCCGGAGCAUCAAGGCCAAGUCGCUGCAACCGCCAUUGAGGGAACCCCAAGAGAUCUACCUGACAGCAUCUGGCCCUGCAGAGCAUUCUCGUUCUUGUUCGACCAAUGCUGUUCGAACCCCAGUCAAGAACGCGGCAGCUCCCAUGGCAACUCCGUCGUCUUCAUCCAAAAGGGUUUCGGUUAUGCCGCCACAUGCUACUGGCCUGGGGGCGCGGACAAUAAGCCCCACUGAUGCGCGACGAAUCAAGCGUAUGUCUACGGUGCCAUCGGCGCAACAGGCACCGUUUACCCCUCCGACUCAGACAGAGCCUGUGCCUACUCGUCCUCGGUCCACUGCACAGUCUCCUUCGCAUAUUCCGCGAAAGAGCGUGACCCCCUCGUCUACUCGUACUACGCCUGACCCAAAUCGGAAAUCCUAUAGCUCUGGCUUGUCUCUGUCAUCGAACACCAGCUACAACUCCGCAAGGAAUUCGGGCGGUUCAUUACAGACCAGGCUAUCCCAGUCUUCAUCCACGUCACGUCUGCCCACCCCUAAGCCUCGUAUGGAACAUGCGGUGGCCGAUGAGGAGGUUCCGCCUGUCCCUGCAAUUCCAAAGGCGUACGAGUCACCCAAAGGCGAUUUUGACCCACCGAAUUAUGUUACCCCCCGAAAGCCAAGUCUAUACUUGGACGUCGAGCCCACGGCUAAAGCAGAACAAGACUCUGACACAAAUCAAACAGCGAGUGCGACCGAAGAUGAUACACUUGGAGCCAAUGAUGAGCGAGCUUUGAAAACACCGGAUGCGAAAACUAAACCAUCCGCCGGGCUGGCGAAAAAGAGUUUACAGCCCUUAAAGUUACCGCCGUUGAAUUUACUUCCUCUGGGUACCCCAAUGACGACGAAGAUCGAGGCGUUGAAGGACCGGGAUGAUGACGUCAAAUCCUACACGCCUUCAGCACAGACUCUGUCUAAAACCCCCAGUACUCCGUUAACCGCCUCCAAGGCAAAUUUCUUCUCACCUCAGGACAAUGAGGAUGCAGUGCCACUUACCCAGGCUAGAAGUAGCACGUCGCAUUUCGCCUUGAGUACAUCGUCAGGUAGUGCGGCUCUUCGGACGGCCAGCAGUUCUAGUGCGCUGGCGGCUUUCGACAAUAUUUCUGCUGGUACAAGAACCGUUUCGCCAUAUGUUGCGUACAGCUUGCCGAAAAGCACUAGCGACUAUACUGCUCUGCGCCCUAAAGCUACCGAAGAUUGCUCUCCCAAGGUGACGCAGUCUCACAAGCUCACUGGGCCUCGUCCCCAAACACGAUCAUCUGCCUUCUCCUCCAAUGCCGAGACUAUCAGUCAGCUUUCGACUCCUUCUGACCCCGACAACAACAGCGUGUCGGGCUCCUCCCUCCGCAGUAAGAUCACGUUCACUCGGAACCGCAGCAGUUCCAAGCCCCAACAGGGGCUCGAGUCAAAUGGCGACCCUAUAAAACUCGAGAAGAUGCCCCCACCGAAGCUCCCAGCCUCUGCAACUUGGAGUAAUAUGUCAACAACGAGUACCUCUAGCCCGUCGCUCAAGCCGUCCUAUUUCAAAUCACGGCGACAAGCAUCGAUGUCUACCGCUACCAACCAGCCGAUGAGGAACCCUAGCUUCAGCAGCGACCAAAGCCUUGCGCUGGAGCCAAGUCCUUCCAAUGAGUCAGGCGAUAGUGAUGUGGUAGCGCACCGGUCAGCAGCAUCGAUCUUAUCGCCUGUACACAAAAUUAUUAGCUCGGCCAAGUCGAGUGUCGGGGCAACAUCAGUUCCCACGGAGUCCAAUGUAGACGCCGAUAUACGCGUGGCUGAUGAAGAAAUGCGACGGCUUGGCAGCAAGCGUAAAGAUUUUGAGACCGCGGCUAGGAAUCUGGAUGACUUGCGCCGGAAAGCCAGUCCCAAGGAGCGUGUCAGUCCGGCACAGGCUCUGCGGGUCGCCAGUCUGAACAUCUUCGAGCGUGGGGAGAUCAUCGACUUCAAGGACAUCUACUUUUGCGGGACCCAGAAUGCGAAAAAGCAUGUUGGUGAUCUGACUGCUCAAGCAAACUUUGGCUACGAUGACGACCGUGGUGACUAUAAUAUUGUGAUUGGAGACCAUCUGGCCUACCGAUACGAGGUUAUCGAUGUACUCGGCAAGGGAAGUUUCGGUCAAGUGGUGAGAUGCAUCGAUCACAAGACAGGUGGCCUGGUUGCCGUGAAGAUUAUCCGCAAUAAGAAGAGGUUCCAUCAGCAAGCAUUGAUUGAGGUCAAUCUUCUCCAGAAGCUGAAGGAAUGGGACCCCCAUCGUAAACAUAGCGUUGUGAACUUCACCCAAAGCUUUUACUUCCGCGGCCAUCUCUGCAUCUCGACUGAGCUGCUCGGCAUGAAUCUCUACGAAUUCAUCAAGGCACACGACUUUAAGGGAUUCUCUCUUAAACUUAUUCGUCGCUUUACAAAGCAGAUGCUGGGUACACUGGUGCUUCUACACAAUAAGAAGGUCAUUCACUGUGAUCUCAAGCCAGAAAACAUCCUCCUCGUGCAUCCAAUGAGCUCUGAGAUCCGAGUCAUCGAUUUUGGGUCCAGCUGCUUUGAAAACGAGAAGGUGUACACUUAUAUUCAGAGUCGAUUCUACCGUUCUCCGGAAGUCAUUCUCGGCAUGUCGUAUGGUAUGCCCAUCGAUAUGUGGAGUGUGGGAUGUAUUCUGGCGGAGCUUUUCACCGGAUACCCCAUCUUCCCCGGAGAAAACGAACAGGAGCAGCUUGCUUGCAUCAUGGAGGUAUUUGGACCUCCAGAGAAGCACUUGAUCGAAAAGAGCACUCGGAAGAAACUCUUCUUUGACUCGCUGGGCAAGCCGAGACUUACAGUCUCCUCCAAGGGCCGACGGCGUCGUCCCAGCUCCAAGGAGCUCAAGCAGGUUCUCAAAUGUGAUGACGAGGCAUUCCUCGACUUCAUUUCCCGUUGCCUUCGAUGGGAUCCCAGCCGCCGUAUGAGUCCACAGGACGCAUUGAGGCACGAGUUCAUUACGGGGGUGAAAAUGCCGUCCCGAGCAAGAACUUAUACACUGACGACGCAAUCUCCUGCGAAGCGGGCAACUACGUCUUCUCACCCUUCUGCCGGCCGGCCGCUGCCAGAACCUCCUGUGACCAGCCUCAAAUCCGGCACGCUGAUCCGCAACCGGGAUGCUUCGGGAACCUCUCCAGUUAAGCUACCCGCAGGCAAACGCCAUUCGACUGUGAGUGGGCUACCGCCGUCGACGCCCGCCAAACGAGGGACCAGUAUUAGCACCACCAGUACUCCUGGGUCGGCGCUGCCUCGCGUUGCAGCCCGGAGUAUUAGUGGCAAGCCAGACCUCGCGACGGCGGCGGCUGCGACCAGCUUGGUAAGUUUGAAAGAGCCCGACGAAACGCCAUGA